CUCUGAUACUCCCUUCUCCCCUCUCCCGUUUCUACCGACCACUCGAUAGUCGGUGUCGCCUGCCAUCGAUCUGGUCGUCAUAUGCGACGAACAGCCUAUCUGGCUAGUCGAACAUCACGAACAACAAGAAGAACAUCCCGAACAUCGAUCUCGAUCCGGCUCGAACAAAAUCGAUUGAUGGCGGUCGUCGCCGAGCCACCAAGAUCGAUGAUGUCGAGCAUGGACGUGGACUCGAGGUCGGCCUGGGCUCAGCGCUAUCAGCCUGAAGAGUCCCGAUACUUUAUCGAACGCAGGGAGGAGGACGUGGAUGGGUUCGGACAUGGGCGAAGCAGGGAGGAAAAUAUGGAUGGAUUCGGACAUGGGCGAAGCAGCGUUCUCUUGCCUCGACAGGGAACGAGCAGGGCUACUCAGAGCUUGGGGUUGCUGGGUAAGACCAGCGCUCCACUCCCGCUAGCAAGGUCGAGGCAGCAGAAACAGAUACCCAUCCUCGGUUACAAUAGAGCGAGACAAGCUUCUUCUUUGCUCAACCCCGAUGCGGGAUCAUCGGCAUCGGCCUCGACAUCGGGAUCAGUACUUUUGAGCUUAGUCACGCCCGCUCCUCCGCCCGCUCCUAUUCCUGCUUUCCUUCUUUCUACGUCUCGAUCUAUGUCUACGCCAGAGGCUGGUUCAACAACGAAACCCCAUCACAGUUCUACUCACAAAGAUUAUGAUCGCCUACCUCACCUUGCAGCCAGACUCGACCAUCAAUGGAACCACCAAUCUCGACCUCGACCUCGACGAGAACCAGAAAUACAGCCAGGAUCGGAGUCGAGAUCACGAUCCCGUUCGCCUGUGAGAAAUCAGAGUAACAGCUUGAAGGUCCGACCGGCAAAGUUGAAGCUCGCACCCCGUUCUUCUUCAACGGCGGUGUCAUCGACCUUGCCUGUCGGAAGGAUUUCACCGGUCGCCAACGUACCCGGACUAGUAGGAUCUGUACGUGACGACGAGGAAGAACAAGUACCGGUGUUGAAGAGACAGAGACGGAGACUAAAACGGAGGACGAGAUUGGGAGUGGAGGGGGAAGAGACCGAGCAGGAUGUACAGACCACGGGAGGAUCUGGUACCAGAAUCGUUGAGGACGAGGAGAUGGCAUCAACUCCGAAUUCGAGAUCAUCGAGUCCGUGCAUCGUAUAUACGAGAGACGAUGUGGAUGAGGAUGGUCUACCUACGCCAAACACCCUUGCACUGAACGAACUCGGUCGAAAGGCACGUGAUCGGGCUGUUGCCAGAGGUGGUAUUACGCCACCGUCGGCUUGGGCAGUUGGCGAAGGAGCGAGCGGGGGCGCAAAGCGGAAAGAAGUCGGCGCGGGAGGGAAAUCGGGAAAGAGCUUAUUGGAAAGGUUGGGUUUGCUGGACGAUAAUGUGAACGAUGUCGGACAGGGAGAAGGACACGAGGAAGAUGGGAUGCUUGUAGGUUCGCCGGUUUGGGAGCAGGAUAGUAGCGGGGAUUCUGGGUCGAAAUCAAGGUCCAUCUCGAGGUCGAGAUCAAGGUCCAGGUCGCGAUCCAUGUCGAGACUCACAUCUCCCGUGGUCCAGCAAGUCAGGGCUAUGUCGACCGGACGUGCGGUUGCAGACGUCCCGCCCAGACCUACCAGUCCCGACGACCGUUUGACCCGAUCUGCCACCCCCGUCGACCACAUACCAGCUUCGAUCGAGACCUCGGCACAUGACAAGACCCCGAGCGACCAGGAGGAGCAUCCGCGUCAGUACGAGGACGAAGAGAGUGAGGUAGACGCGGCUCUGAUGACAGACGACGUCCUAACGGGAACUCCGUCACCAUCGACUGCCCGAGGCGAGAGACCAGCGUUGAGCCAGAUCGAGACGGCUGAAGAGAGGAUGCGGGUCUUGAGGGAAAAGCUGUCACAGGAUAAACAACGACGAGAAGCGGGUCCGUCUGCCGGGCAAGUUGGAGAGGAUGAAUCGCCUAGCACUGCGACGGUGACGACAACGACAGCAGGGUCGAGCAUCAUAGAGCCCGGUCCGGAAAUCCAGCUCGACUCGUCCGCGCAGGUCGUAGACCUGGCUAGGAAUAGAGGGAAGAACAAAUCGUCGGGCGCUGGUGAUCAGGGCAAAGCAUCGAGCUCAAAGGGAGUGGAUCGCAAGCCCGUGAUGGGGGAUUUGAGCGGGUCGUCAGCCAGCCGGAAGGAUAAGGGUAAGGGUAAAGGAAAAGCCCACAAAGAUUCGGGUGGGAGAGACGAGGACGAGGACGAUGGGUAUCCGAAGAGACCCGGUCCCAGCGACCUGCGAGGUCCGGGUCCGACACGUCGCUUUCAACCGAUCGGCGAAUCCAUCUACGUUCCCCACAGCUUGAAACAUCCUUUCCGUCUUUACCCAAACGGGACCGCGUUCGACGUCCGACAGGCGAUGGCCGCCGAAUUGACAACGCACACCGUACCGGAUCGAGAAUACUUUGGAAUCGCUUCGAUGCCAGCUUGCGAAUAUACCAGCAGGAUGGUCGAAUUUCAAGAAUCGCCGCCGGAUCAGAGGAAACUGUUGACGCUCGACUUGAACGGAUGUUUGAUCGUACGAAGUAGGCACAAGACGCCUGGAGCAUUUCGACAAACCUACAAGCGGACCUUCCUCCCAUCGUUUUUGGGUUACCUGAUGGCUCCCGGUAAUCAAUCCCGGGCCAGGUAUGACUCGAACGGGAGAAAGAUCAAGCCGGGCAGAGAGCCCAACGAGGACGAUCGACAGGGACUCGAGAGGAUGCGUCCGUACGAGGCCUUUGUUUGGAGCAGCGCUCAACCCGAAAAUGUCUGGACCAUGGUCGAUCGCGCGUUUGAGCAGCACGGAGAUUUCGUCAAGCCGAACAAGGGACUCAGGCAGGCUGCUGCAAACAGGGUCCGGAACAUCCUGCUACAGGACCGACCGGGGAGACUGUUGGGCGUAUGGGAUCGUACGAGCUUGGGUCUGUCGGGUAAAGAUUUCCACCAGAAGAGCCGCACGUCGAAAGACCUCCGCAAGAUCUUGGAUGCGUUUGAAAAGCCAGUCGGUGGACCACCUAUCCCGGACCCGUUCUUCGCGCCCCAGAUCUACAACACCCUGCUAUUGGAUGAUUCGACCGGCCAAACUAUGAAAUCCGGAUCUCAGCCUUGGAAUCACGUGCCCUUGCCCGAAUAUAAACUUGAACACAAGGAGAGGGAUAAGAGUCUCGUGCUACGAUACGUACAGGCGGGAAACCUUGACCUCGGCGGCGUCGAUCGACGAUUUGACGAUAGCGUGCAGGACUUGCAAGCCGAUCUGCAAGCAAGGGCCACCGUUUUGGAAGCUAUGUUUGGCUCGGAUGCACUCGCGUUCUAUCGAGACGUCAAGAAAGGUGUCCGAAUCGAGACGCGUAUCGAUGUCGCCCUCCUGGCCGUCGUCGGGAUCCUCGCCGAGUUGUCUGACGUCAUGGUCGUACCCGCCUGGAUCGCUGCCGGUGGACUCAUGCCUGACAUCGAAUCGAGCUUUACCGAGCAGGACGCUAGCAAAGGGUGGCAACACUUGAUUGCCAAGGACCUGUCGUUGCCCACCUUGCCCCAAGGUGAACGCCAUCGACGUUUCGACGAUGCUAGGCUUUGGAAGAGGAACGUUCUCGUCAACGCACAGGAUAUACCUCAACUCUCUCCUGCCAAGCACGUCGUGCCGUCAAUCCCUCCUUCAUACUCCGAAUAUCAACACUGGUUCGAGAGCCCCUUGCACGUGCUUUAUUGGGUCCGACGAGGAAUGGUAGCGCUUGACGAGCGUGGGGUGCCUAUAGCUCAUGGUAUCGACCUUGCCACUCUGCCGGGUGGAUCCUCCCCACGCAGCAGCCCGGCACCUCAAUCCGCACGCUCACAGGAUUGGCGGUCCAGCACUGGAGGCCCUCGAGCUGAGACGCAAGAAUCCAGCGGAGGUGCUGUUGCCGGCGCCAAAGCUACGCAAGAUCAACGGCGACAACCGGACGACCCGGAAUGGAGACGAGGAGGCGGUCCUGCGCGAUCCCACACUCGUUUCGGCCGCAGCCCUGGCCCUGACCCUUCACCUGUACGCGGAGCCGGUCCUGGUUCUGCUUCUGGCUCGGGGUUUGGGUCGGGACCAGGCCUUGGGGCAAGCCGCGAAUGGGAUCGGGAUCGAACUCGGACGGAACAGCAGGUCAGAUACGACGGACGAGAUCGAGAUCGACGUGAACGGACACCUUCUGAUCUGUACUCGCCUGAUAGUCGACGCGGACCUCGAGAUCGUGAUUGGGAUCGGGAUCAGCGUAUGGGCAGAUGGGAAGAACGAGACAGGGAAAGAUACUGGAACAGGGAUGACCGCAAUCGAUCGAGGUCGCCCGCCAGGGGACGUACCGAUUCGAGGGAUUACGGAAGAAGUCUAGGUCAGAGGGAAAGAGAUGUUGAACGUGAUGGUCGACACGAUCGGACGAGCGAUCGGUCCAUGAGCGUCAGCAGAAGUAGGAGUCGAAGCAGGACGUACUCGCCUGCGGCAGACAGGUCGUUAUCGUUGUCGUUGUCGCCGACGUCGAGAGAGUACUCGAGGCUCUACGCGCCCGCUAGGAGGAGGUGGGAUGACAGGGCGAGGCUCGGUAGAACCGGGGGAAGACAGAGGGAGUCGAGCGUUUCGAGUUACCAGCGAAGGUCCCGGUCGAGAACUCGAAGCACAGAUCGUUGGAGGAGGAGGACUAGGUCGCCGAGUCCGAGGCGGUAUGACAAUCGACCUAGCGGUAGCUACAUUUCACCUUACGAUGAUGGACAAUGGGCCGGAGAAGCUCCGAGGUAUCGAGCCCCUACGCCUCCCCGCGGCCGAUGGUGAGAAGGAUUGUUGUGUUUAGAUCCACAUAACAAGUCAAGGUGUUUGAACACGAUUGUCAGUUGUAACAUAUUACAAGUUGUCCCAAAAUCGUCUCGAGGC